AUGGACCAAGGCGGCUGUCAGAUGAGUGGUGGAGGCGGCGGAGGAAGCAUCGGGCCCGAGCGACAGGGCAUGAUCACGCUGGAAGACCUGGAGUCGUUCUCCGAGGACCAGCUGUCAGACUCGGGCAAUGGGAGUCUGGAAGAGGGCGAGACUAUGGAGGAGGAAGACCAGGGUCGACUGCUGCACUACUGGCAAGACGUGGCCCGGGGACACCAAGUGGACGUUCCUGAAGAUAUGGCCGAGCCAAUUCAGCAGCUCACCACCAACAACGAAGGCCGCAGCAACAGGGAACAUGUGCCAUUUACGCUCCUCAGCCGCAAAGAGAAGUGUGGGGAGCUGCUGUAUGAGAAACGACAUUAUGAAAAAGGCCACUGGGCUUGUAUUACAAUGCGAGAGGAGACUUAUGAACAGAGCAUCUGCUAUGGCUUUAUGAAGAUCAUGAGAUACAUCUGUGAGCAGAACUCUUUGGGUCACUACCUGGGCAUGUCCCUGCCCAUCGUGACUGUGGUGCACACAGACCAGAGCCGCACCGUAUUCUCUAAUGAUGUGACUGUGGCCUACUACCUUCCUGCAGAGCAUCAGGCUCAGCCUCCUCAACCCACUGACACAGAAAUUGCCGUUGAGAUUUGGCCUGCCAACAUUGUAUAUACACGAGCUUUUACUGGUCCAACUAAUGAAGUGACCAUCAUGAACCAGAUCAAUGCCCUGUCCGAGCUGCUGGACUCUCCCAGUAUGUGCGUGAAUGAUUCCUUCAUCGUAGCCGGCUACACAAACCCAGCCCACAGCCACCGGCAGAACGAGAUCUGGUUUUUUGAGCAAAAUUGA